AUGACGACAAACAGACCCUUCUUCGGUGGCUUCCUCGCGGCCUUUCGCGCCCAACCCGUCAUACAAAAGGCCGCCGCCUCCCAGGCAGUGUCGGCAGCCGCGUACUCCCAGACGGCCGCCCCGUCCACCAGCCAGCCCCAGGACACGGCCAAUGCCACACGCACAAUCACCGCCAAGACGCGCUCGCCCUCGCCUGGUGCAACGCCGGGAGCUGUGCAGACCACGAGCCAGUUCCAGCCAACGAGACAACACGCGACGCCCUACCACCGCUCCACAUCGCCCACAACAAAAGCCUUCCCCAUCCCAGGCGCCUCGCAGAGACAUAGAAGAGGGUCGGAUAGCUCGUCAGAGGGCUUCAACGAGGUCUUGGGCGCAGAGAAGUGGUACAUUGGCGGCCGGACAGCAACAGGCGAGGAGAAGUUCUACAAGCUCGGCAUGGUGAAGAGGCAUCAAAGCGCAGAUCGUCUGAGCCUGGACAAGCUCAGUAUUUGA